GUGGAUACUAUUUUUAAAUCUCUUCGAAACCUUAUCAAAUCCUAUUUUCGUUCGUCAAUAUGUGUCAAUUUAACGCUUGUAUCGUAGCUAAUUGUUAUCAGUUUCUUUAGUAACUAAACGUAAGUGAAUCAUUCUAAGGUUUCUAAAUCUACAUGAACUUCCUCAAAGAACGUUCAUUGAGGAAGUCCGUUGUACCAGGAACUAUUUAAGUUAUGCAUACUUGAGCUUGUGGUCGUUAUAAGUCGGUGAAUGCCUUGGUUUCCCUUUUUUUGUAAUUUUCCCUUGAAACAGUUUGUUUGCUAUGAUUUCCUUCGGACUGUUCUACCAUCUGUUCCUUUGUUUGUUCAGAACUUAUAAAUGAUUGGUUUCAUUAAAAUAACAUACCAACAUAAAAUUCAUUGUUCUGACAAAAAUCCUUUAAUUUCAAGGGGAAUUUUCAAGUGUUUAUCAGAAGACGACAAGUUGGAUCUUUUUAUUAUUUUGUAAAACACCUGUUAUGUUUGGUGUGUACUAAUGUUACAUGUAUGCAAUCGUUUGCUCAAGUAAUGCCCUAAUUUAAACACGUAGUUUUGUAUAGGAGGUUGAAUCGGCAAGUGGCUUCGUUUUCAGUCAGGCAAGACCGUUAGUCUUGAUGAGUUGUUCACCAACAUAAUUCCACAAUGUAGGUGCCCAAUUACAACCAUUACUAGUGUUCAGUUUAACAGUCCAUUCUUUUCCAUAUAGUUGAAAAAUGAUUACCAGAUUUAAAUUACAUAUAACUAGUAAUUUUUCCUUUCAUAUUUUCCAAAUAGUGCUCACCUGAGAUAAAAUCAUUGAAAUUACAAAAUAGUCAUAGAAAUCCUUCACAUUUUCAUUUCAUGCCUCACUUUUGUCACUAUAAACAUGAUAGUAUCUAGGAUUUUCUCAGUUUCGUCUUCGUUGCUCUUGCAUGUUCUCCUUUUACCCUUUAAUGUAAUAUGUCUUCAUUUUCUUUUUUUACACAGAUUAGUCUAAUGACAUUUCACAGACUUGAUCAAGUAUUGAUGGUCUAGUGUGUUUUGCAACUUUCCAUGCCUCGUUUGUCCUUGCUCACAAUCUUUCCAAGUGUCUUUCAUUCACAUUUAUCAACACUGUCAGUUAUUUCUGGUUUACUAUUUGAUGAACAACUUGCUUUGUCGCAAGAUAUUGGACUUCAUUCUCGACUGCAUCGUUCGGCCGAAUUGAACUUUUCGGAUUUUGAUGGGCUUAACACUACUGAUUUGACCAAUGUAUCGUAUGAACUAAAAGGGUUUUAUAGUUUAGGUGACAAUCUGGUUUCGAUUAGGGGUCGAAAUUCAUUAGCUACCACAGGAUUGCCAAAUUAUGAACACCAUACUGGAGUAAUAUCUAACCAACCCAACAACACUAUUAUUUCACACAAGUCAGAAGGGAAAAUUUUGUUUGAAGUUGUGACUGCUGCAACGGCGUCCGAGGAAGCUUUUCUCAAUCGUUCUUCUGUUUUGUUUGUGGCUGUUUCGUUCAUUCUUCUUAUGGUGAUCAGUUUAGCAUGGCUCGUAUUCUAUUAUGUUCAGCGGUUCCGGUACCUACACAGCAAGGAACGAGUUUCCAGAAGACUUACGGAAUUGGCGAAAAAAGCUGUUGCACGUAUACCUAUCAAAACCCUGCAUUCUGGAGAUUGGGAAAUAACUUCGAACUAUGAACAGUGCGCAAUAUGUAUUGAACCUUUUAAAGCAAUGGAUAAUAUUCGCAUUCUUCCUUGUCGACAUUACUUUCACAAACUUUGUAUUGAUCCUUGGCUUCUGGAACAACGUAGUUGUCCUAUGUGCAAACUGGAUAUUUUACAAGCAUAUGGUUUUCGCGCGGAGUUAUUUUGCAGUUAUACAAACUUGGAAAGCUUAUCUAAUCAAGUACUCUCUACCUCUGGUCCAACUUUAUCCAUAUCUUCAGUUUGUUCAACUUUCUCUAAUCUGGUAACGGGCAAUCUUUCCAGCCCACGAACGAGUAAUGAUGUUUCUGUGAUAGAAAGCCUUUCGUUGAUUACUAGUCAACCACAAAUUAUGAGUAACCUACUGACAGUCGCACAUGGAUCUCCAUUGACGUAUGUCGUACUAACUGGUACUAAUGGUUUCGCUAAUGCUACCGAUUCUAUAAUAAUUCAUGCUCAGUCGUUCCCUAAGACGAAUGAACAGUCGAGUCUUGAAAAUCCAGUUUCAGCUCCACUCAUUCAAAAUGAUGACAUAACUCUACCAAAUCGUAGUAUGACAAACAGUAUUACCAUCCCAUUGUUAUCAAAUUUAUCUCUCCCUCCAAAGCAGUUGGCUACUUCGUCUGUAUGGAGCACAAAUCUCUUACCAGUAUGUGUUGUUACAUCUGUUAGUAUAUCUGAAUCAUGUCAACCUAGAGCGCUUAUGGUCUGCGAAUCAUUCCUUGGCAACAUAUUUCAUCAAACAUGUUCUGUUGUAACCGCAACAGUAGGCUCAUUAACUGGUCAUUCAAUAUCCAUGUCUAAUAAUAAUAAAGAGGCAACAACUUCGACCACUCAAUCGUUAACGGGUCCAUUAUGCUCAACCACCCAUGAUUCAGAGAUUUUAUCAAUACAUCAAAUGAAUUUUAUUUACACUAACUGUCCAGGACAUUUGACAUCGCAGACAAAUCUGUCUGUAGAACAACCACAGGCAAUUUGUCCCAACAAUAAUCCAGUUAAUUUAAAUUCGUCACAAUAUCCAAUGAAUCAGCGUAAUUUGCGUAUAAUAAAUUUUAAAAAUAUAUUUCAUCCUGAUAAACCUCUUAAUAGUAACAUUCCUCCUCGAAAUGACCAAUCGUCUGUGAAUGUAUUUCGUAAUUGGUUUACUCGCCACUGGUGUAAUACAUUUUAUCCACAGUCUAACAAUAAUAAACGAAUUAAUCGUUUUUCGUACAGUUCUCCUUCAUAUUAUACAACUAAUUCUACAUCUUCAAACAGUCCUAUUGUCAAUACAGAUGAAUUUGAUCAAUGUAAGUCAAAUUUAAUUAGUUCCAAACAACAAUCAUCCAGUACAUCAAGUACUAAAGAAUGUUAUGUAACUGCUGUUGUUGAAGAUGUACCAUCAGAGACAGGUAAUAGUUCAACACUAUCUGAAUCUAUGAAUAUACUUAAUUCAGAUCAGUUUACAAUUAUUCAUUCUACGAAUUCGGCAUCUAAUAGUUUUAGUCUACAUGGUACAACAUUAAAUUAGCAUUUUCUCAUUAAUUUCAAUUAAAUAAUUUUAUUAUGUUUAAAAUUGUUUUUCAACAAAUACAUUUAAUGUACACAUACAUUAGUGAAUUCGUAUUAUAUUUUGCCAUUUGUUGGUUUGAUUAUUUUGGAAUACAACAAAGAAAUGAAACUCUCAUAUUUUUAUUUGCUUCAUUUACUUUGAAUUACUUCUUGUACACAAACUAUCAAUAUAGUUAAAUACUACUUAAAACAAUUUGCUCCUUAUUAUUACUAUUGAUGUUGUUAUUUAACAGUUAUUAAGCAUUCAAUACGCACUAUUUACUUGUUCAUAAAUUGUAUAUUUUUCAGUUUACGUUUUCCCAUGGGCUUUAUAUUGGUUAUUUUUACGAUGACUGAUCAUACCCAAUUAUCUUUUAUCAAUAUACUUGUUAGAUUUCAUUGAACCAAACCAUUACGCCCUUUGUAUCAUUCCCUAAUAUACUUGAAUUCAUAGAAACCCAGCGUUUAUGGUGUUGUCUGUUGAGUGUGUGCAAUGUUCCGUGUGUGAUCUCAUUUAAGCUAUAUAUAUAUAACCUUUUCUUUGAUUUUUUUUAAUUUUCCGUAUCAAAAGUAACUAAAUACUGGAAAAUUAUCUGUUAUAUUACUGUUGUCGUGAAUUUUCCUAAUCGUUCACUAUUUGUUUCUCUGUAUUUUUUGAGACAACGAUAAUUCAUCGGCUCGUCUAUUUAAAAAAACCUUCAGGUUAGAUAAAAAUUCUUCCCAAUAAACUUUUCAUUAUAAUUAUAUGUUUAUUGUAGAAUGAUCGGUUCUUCUUUACAUCGUUUUCCUAAACAGUUUUUGACUCUUCAUUUGUGCUGUCCUAACUUUUGUAUCUAGUAUUUUUUAGCCGCGUUUAAUAAAUACAUUGUAGAUCUGCUAU